CACGGCGCUCCGGUGAUUUAGCCGCGAAACGGAAUACGUCCUCCUCCUCCUCCGUACGAGUCCAGGGUUUUAUGGCAGCAUAAAGAUUUAAUUCAUUAAUUUCUGCUCCGUGUGUUUGUGGUUUCCCGCCCCAGGAUGUUUUGUGAGAAAGCCAUCGAGUUAAUCAGAGAACUUCACCGGAUGAACGACGGACAGCUGCCCGCUUUUAACGAGGACGGACUGCGGCAGGUUCUGCAGGAGAUGGAGGCUCUGUACGAGCAGAACCAGAGCGAUGUUAACGAGGCGAAGUCUGAGGGUCGAGCUGAACUCAUUCCCUCAAUCAAACUGCGGCACUGCUGCCUGCUGAGGAACCAACGCUGCCUCACCGCAUACCUGUAUGACCGGCUGCUGAGGAUCAGAGCUCUGAGGUGGGAGUACGGCAGCGUCCUUCCAGCCAAUGUUCGCUUCCACAUGUGUGCAGAGGAGCUGCAGUGGUUCACUCAGUAUAAAAAGUCUCUGGCCUCCUUCAUGCGUUCUCUGGGGGGAGGGGAAGGUCUGGACAUCACUCAGGACAUGAAGCCUCCAAAGAGUCUCUACAUCGAAGUGAGGUGUUUAAAGGACCACGGAGAGUUUGAGAUCGAUGACGGGACGGUGAUUUUGCUGAAGAAGAACAGUCAGCACUUCCUGCCACGGUGGAAAUGCGAGCAGCUGAUUCGUCAGGGCGUCCUGGAGCACGUCAUGUCCUGAGGCCUCGACGUCAGAGAGCAGAGACGAGGACCGAGCUAAACCCCACCCCCUCCAUGUGCGUUCUUUAUUUUAACAGCGGACAGAUGUUGAAACGACACAGAUGUUCACAUCCUCCAGGACGAAGUUUGAGGAUUAUUGUGACGAAAAAUAAAAAGUUUUUUUCUAAACUCUGCGUCAGUUUGUGAAGAAAACAAACAACAAUAUGAGUCGAAUAAAUAAACAAAUACAUAAACAGCUGAUCCACAGAGUGAGAUAAAAACAUAAUUUAAUAUGGUUUUCAUAUGACAUCAUCAUCAUCAUCAUCAUCGUACAUCAACAAGGUGACGCCCACACAGGUGAGUUUGGUUUGUGGCACCUGAACAGGAAGGAGAGGAGGAGCAGGAGGUCUCACUCUGAGGGAAAAACACAGACUGAAACCAGGACAGCAGCUGCUUGCAGACACUCAAAUGUCUCCUGACCCCUGACUCCACCGUUCACCAAAAUAAAAGUCUCACUUUGACAUUGACAUUAAAAAUAACAAUAAAAAUAUAUAAAAUAAAGUAACAUAAUACCCUCAUGGCUGAAAUACUUCAGAGUAGUGCCCACCUGUGGAAUGCAUAGGUGUAUGUGUGUGUGUUCAGUUUCUCUGACGCAGCUUCGGGGGGGGGGGCUCAUCCACCACC